AUGUCGACCCACAACAGGAUGCAGCUGAACGACUUCCUCCAGAGGAGGUAUGGAGCAGGAGGCCCUGGGCUAAUCACUUGGGAGACAGCCCAAGCUGGCCCCGCCCAUGCUCCCGUCUGGACCAUGGUUCUGAGAAUUCGUGGCGUAGUCUGGGGCCAGGCAGCGGGCGGACGUCAAGGCGAGGCCAUGGAAGCAGCCGCAGGCCAGGCUCUAAGCACCAUCUUGCAAGGCUACCAGCCUUAA